AUGGGGGAACCAAAUGUUGUCGACGUCCGCAUCGAGCACUAUGCUCCGGGCAGGAUCCUCGGCAUCCACGAGCAAACACCCCGGAUAUCGUGGCGCUUCAUCGAAACACCAACCGACUUUCAGCAGGAACAAUAUGAGAUAGAGCUUACGCGGUAUACAGACAGUGGCGGCGUGGCUGAGGUGACGUCAACCAAGGUCGCCUCUGCCGAGUCCCAUCUCGUCCCUUGGCCAGCUAUCACUUCUGCUUUUGUAUCCAGAGAAAAGUGGUCCAUUCGCUAUCAAAGCUAUGACAUUACCGAACUUUUGCAGUCUGGCGCCAAUUAUCUCGGUAUCAGAGUUGCUGAGGGCUGGUGUACCGGUCGCUUUGGGUUCGGCAGCCGUCGCGCCAUUUGGGCCGAUCGAACGGCUCUGCUUGCGCAGUUACACAUUAACUACUCCGACGGGACAAAAGAGUGCGUCGCCACGGAUGGGUCGUGGGAGGUGUUGCAUGGCCCAAUUCGGCUUGCUGAGCUGUAUGAUGGAGAGCAAUCCUGGAGCAAGGUUGAGGUACUAUCAUCCCUGCCUGCAGAUGUAGUUCUCAAACCCGGGUAUGGGGAGCCGGCACGCCAUAUCGAGCGAGUGCUGCCGAAGAAAAAGAUCACUACACCCUCAGGCAAGGUUGUGCUUGACUUUGGUCAGAACCUGGUCGGUGUGGUGCAGAUUAACGACAUCAGGGGCCAAGCGGGCGACUGCAUCGCCUUGACGCACGCAGAGGUCCUGGAGCAUGGUGAGCUGGGCUUACGGCCGCUGCGGGCAUGUAAAGCCCGGGAUAUGUAUACCCUACGAGGAGACGAGGCGGGAGAAACGUACCGGCCCCGGUUUACUUUCCACGGGUUUCGCUACGUCCAGGUCGACGGCUGGCCGAGCGCGUCUGAUGAUGUCCUGUCAUCUGUGGAGGCCCUCGUCGUGCAUACCGACAUGCAACCUACCGGUGACUUCUCCUGCUCCGACAGCGAUAUUAACCAGCUGUUCAGCAAUGUGCGGUGGAGUAUGAAGGGCAACUUUCUCUCGGUGCCUACCGACUGUCCUCAACGAGACGAACGCCUUGGGUGGACUGGAGAUGCCGCCCUCUUUACCCCAACCCCCACCCGGUUAUACAAAUGUUUCGGGAUUCUCCGGAACUGGAUGGAGGACGUCAGGAUUGAUCAGAGCCUCCGCGGAGGAAUCCCCCCAUUGUACCCUGGCGGCGGUGUUUUGUUCGAUCCCAGUACUAUUCAGCUCGGAGAUUGGCUUGACCCUACUGCACCGGCAGAUCAGCCCCAGAAAGCAGUUACUGACCCCAUAUUAGUCGCCGACGCUUUUCUGAUUAACUCCCUGGAUCUUGUGCUGCAGACAGCUCGCAUCCUCAACCGUGGAGAAGACGUAGAAUGCCUAGAAAAAGAAACUCAAGCGGCGCGCAAACAGUUCACAGCCGAAUACAUUACAAGCAACGGCCGGCUCAUUUCGGAUUCCCAGACAGCCUACGCCCUGGCAAUAUGCUUCAACCUCCUGUCGCCUGCAUUGUUCAAACAUGCAGGCGAUCGGUUGGUUGAAAUUGUCAGACAAAGCCAGUUCAAAAUUGGCACGGGAUUCGCGGGGACCCCAUUCAUCUGCGAAGCCUUGGUUCUGACCGGACACGCCAACAUCGCAUUCGCAAUGCUCCUCAACAAGCAGUGCCCAUCGUGGCUGUACCCGGUCAACAUGGGUGCCACCACCAUCUGGGAACGGUGGGAUAGCAUGCUGCCCGACGGGUCCAUUAAUGAAGGGGAGAUGACAUCCUUCAACCACUAUGCCCUUGGCGCUAUAGCCACGUUUCUCAUGAAGCGCCUCGCGGGCCUGGCUCCAGCCGAGCCCGGCUGGCGGUCAUCAGUGGCACGCCCUGUGAUCGGCGGCGGAUUCCGCCACGCAAAAACCGAGCAUACGACCCCGUAUGGUACGGCCUCAUGUUCUUGGGAACUGGUAUCUGACGCCACUGCUGUCGGCGGACAGAUGCUCAAAGUAAACGUUCAAGUGCCGCCGACCACUGAGAUGGAAGUGAUACUUCCUGGGGCUGAGCAGGGAAAGUCUGUCAAGGUCGGCGCGGGAACUUGGUCUUUCUCGGUCGACUACCAAGAAUCACAAGAAUGGCCCGUUGAACCGAUGUCUUAUCCAUUUUGA